UGAACUCUAACACAUUUAUUUAUUUAAACAGAAAUCUUCCUUCCCAUGUAUUAGUGCUGGUAUUGCAAUUUCAGUGAUAUUUUCUUGUAGAUAUAAAGAUUUAUGUACAGUAUACUACUGGUGGCGCUCGAAUGUUAACAUAACAACAUAAUGUAUGCAAAAGCAAAGAGUAGUGUUGUUCCAUCUGAUGCACAAGCAAGGGAAAAGUUGGCGAUGUACGUUUACGAAUAUCUGCUUCAUGUUGGAGCAGGAAAAGCAGCUCAUACAUUUCUUCAAGAGAUUGGCUGGGAGAAAAAUAUUGCGUUGGGAGAAUCUCCUGGUUUCUUACAUUCUUGGUGGUGUGUAUUUUGGGAUUUAUAUUGUGCAUCUCCUGAAAGAAGAGAUACAUGUGAACACAGUUCUGAAGCAAAAGCGUUCCAUGACUAUAGUGGAGCAGCGGCCCCCUCCCCCUUGAAUUCCAUGGCGCCAGAUGGGAUGCCACAGCCAGGAUUGCCUCCAGGAUACUUUCCUCCAGGAUCAGCAGCUUCUCCAUCGCCCCACCAUGGACAAGGCAUUAUGAGACAGCCUUUCAUGUCACCAAGAUAUCCACCAGGAGGGCCAAGAAUGCAGGGACCUGGUGGACCACAACCAAUGUUGCAAGGAAUAGAUCACACACGACAAGCUCAAAUGAUGAGUAUUUCACGAAUGGGACAUCCAAGGGGAAUCCCCCACGGAUCAAUAAAUCCAUACGCUGUAGGAUCGGAGCAAUUUCAGCAGCCCUACCCAGGAAUGCGCAUGGCAUCCGGCACAAUACCAGGCCACGGAACCAUAUCGAUGUCAAUGCACGGUCGAUGGCCCAACCCGUCAGGACCACCGGUCCCACCUACAUGUGGUCCACCAGGAACACCAAUGCGAAGUCCGCAGGGCCCCCGACCAACACAUAUGCACCCUGGUCCUCACGCGCACCGCUUUCCACACGACCCCAAGAACCCAGAUCCUUUAAACUCAGCGGAAUAUGCCCACAUGGGAAAACCGAUGCCGCACCAUCCCAUGCCCCCGUUUCCGAUGAGUAAUGUACAAGAUAACAACCUCCCACCAACUUCGAUACCGAUGUCGGCUGGCCUUGCAGUAUCGACACCUAACUUACCACCAAACCUUAACGGCAUGAACGGUUCUAGUGAUAAUGCCAUGAUGGAGGGCUUGAAGAGUUCCCCUAGCAACAACAUGCCAAUGAACAACCUUGGUGGUCCGGGAGCUUCUCAACCGAUGGGGCCACCUGGCGGACCAGGUGGUACACCACACACACCACAAGACGGCGAGGAAAACUCGUUUAACAUGGUGCCAUCGUUUCCUGAUCAGGAACAAAAUGAAAACGCGGCGAUUCUCAAGAUAAAAGAAAGCAUGCAACAAGAAGCGAAGCGGUUUGAAACCAAAGACUCUGAUGGAAAUGGACCGAGCGAAUUUACUGGGUUCAUGUCGUGAAACAAGCGCUUAUCACGUAACACAUGAAUACUUAGUUAUCACUUCGUGAUACUGUCUUACAAGACACUGCUGUAUCAUCCCAGCUGGCCAUACGUGAGACACAAAUCGGUUAACUGAACAAGAGUAAAAAACUUCAAACCUAUUCAGUAAUUCCUAUACAUUUUACCAUUGGCACAUCACAAUUUCUACUUAUUUUUUUGUAUUUAUUUCACGCGUUUGCCACGACGAACCAAUCUAUGUUUUAUGUUUGUGGUGCUCCUUGUGUAGCAAACCUGCAACUAAGCUCGGUGUAAGAGCGCCAAUAUAUCACGCUUUACACGAUAUCCCAGCCGGUAAAACACUGUGUAUUUUGUUCAGAACGAUGUAAAAAUGAAAUAUGUACACUCUGUGUGAACGGGCUUCCAUUUUAAAGUUGAUUUAAACAAGAUUUGUUUGUUGCACACAUCAAUCUUUUGUUUUACUUACAUUUUGUGCAUUCCCGCAUCGAAGAAAGUGAAUAUCUGGCUAUUGUUACGUCCUAUUGUUGUAAAGCGUUCUUUUGUAUAUUUUAUGAUGAUAUACGCGUUUCCUACCAACACUUAUCUCACCAAUAUAAUGUAUGUAUUUGUCCGUAACAUGCUGUCUUACAAUAAAAAUAAAUUACAGUGCUCCUUUGCAAA